UCUAUAAAUUAAUGUAGAUAUGUUCCUCCACUCCUUGCAUUGGAAUUCAAAUUUUUUAUAAUGAAUCAUAUGGAUAGAGGCUUGUAUUCAGCUCUCAUUGAUGAUGACGUUGAUUUCCUAAGGGGAAAGGAAUGGCUUGAAGUCUGUGAUCAACUCACACCUACAAAUAAUUCGGUGCUUCAUGUUGCAUGCCAACACGGGAGUCACAAAUGCGUGCAAGAGAUACUUGAACGUGCGGAUGAAUCACUACUAUUUAAGCCCAACUCGAGAGGCGAGACAGCUCUUCAUCUAGCAGCAAGACAGGGGCACUACGUUGCGGUUAAACCACUUAUUAGUAAAGCCAAGUCUUCGGACCAGCAAUCUGAUGAUCUCGAAAACACAACUACGGCGCUGCAAAAUCUGAUUAGAGCACCUAAUGUGGAAUUUGAAACUGCCUUGCAUGCGGCAGUUCGAUACAAUCACGAGAAAGUAGUUGGAGUGUUGGUAAAAGCGGAUCCAGGUUAUUCGUAUCCUCGGAACAAGUCUGAUGAAACUCCACUUUACCUGGCUGCCGCUAGGGGUUAUGCUGGUGUGACCAAAGUAAUUCUCGACAACUGUGAAUCGCCGACGUUUGGCGGUCCUCAUGGACGAACUGCCUUGCAUGCUGCCCUAAUGAGUUUUAGAGGAAGGGAAUGCAUGAGACUUCUGGUGAGAAGCAACCCAGACCUCACGGAUGUAUUAGAUAAUAAUGGAUGGUCGGCGUUUCAUUUUGCGGCUGAUAACGAUCUACCGUAUUCUGUUGACUUUUUAUUAUCGUGGGCCAAUAUAAAUGUGGCAUAUAUAGCUGAUAAAAAAUACAAGAAGACAGCUUUUCAUGUAGCAGCAUAUAAAGGAUACACGAAUGUGAUUGAGAAAUUUUUAGAAUAUUUACCGGAUAUUGUGGACAGUGUAGAUGGAAAUGGUCAAAAUAUAUUGCAUAUAGCCAUCAAGCAAAACCAGAACUUCCUUUUGAAAUUCAUUUUAUCAAAAACUUGGAAAUUUGAUACUUUAAAUACACUUAUGAUACAAAAAGACAUAGAAGGGAAUACGCCACUUCACCUAAUUGCCAAGCUUGGAUAUUAUAUUCCUGAAUUGCGGGAAUGGAUACAGAAGACGGACCAGGAAGUAGUAGACAACACAAAUUUGACUCCAUCAGAAGCGCUUUACCAGUAUUAUUCUCCGGUCAUCAGGGAUGAUGAGGAAGUGGGUGGAGUACAUCCCAAGAGAGACAAUUUUUAUUAUUUUUGGAACGACUGGUGUGGCGGUAAGUUGACAUUCAUGGAUAGAUCUGAUCUCAGAAGUGUCAAAGUAAGGAUCGAGAUGCUUACACAACAGGCGAAUACACACAUGAUAGUGGCUGCACUUGUGACCACAGUAGCCUUAACAGCAGGAUUUGCCAUGCCAGGUGGUUUUAAUGGCACUCUAGGACCCGAUCAAGGCUCCCCAUUACUUCUAAGAAAGCCUGCUUUUAAUAUAUUUGUGGUUGCGGAUACAGUCGCCCUCUUAUUUUCAAUUUCCUCUCUGUUUCUUUACUUCUCAUUAUCAUUCCAUCGCAAGAAGAAGGCCUUUUUUACCUUGUUCGCAUUUGCAGUAACGCUCAACAUUGCCUCAAUUGCAGCAAUGAUGGUGGCUUUCAUCGCAGGGACUUAUGCGGUGCUGUCACACUCAUUAGUUCUGGCCAUUGCUGUUUCUUUCCUCUCUUCUUUAUUUCUUCUCCUUGUCUUUCCUCUUAGCUACAGAACUUUCAUAACCAUGUUAAGAGUUCCUAUAGGUCGAAUACGUUCGUGGCUUCGCCCGGUGUAUCGCAAUAUUAGAAAUUACUAUGGAAAUUUGGUUUUUGUGCGGAGGAGGCCCCCCUUCGAUAUUGAUUUUGUGAGGAGGCCAAGCUCACCAGCGAGCGACGGUCAUUCCAGCUCUGUUCGUACAGACUCAUCAGUCUGAACUGUAAAAUAAUACUCUCAGAAAUUUUAUCCUGUCAAGCACAUUUUAACAAAUUUUACAAGAUGGUCCUUUCUGUGCGGCAAAUAAAUGAAAUCUACUACCCCCAUUUUUGUAUUAUUACAGUGAUGAAUUGUAAUCUGCUAUUAUAAUCACUUAACCGAUCAAUGAUAUUUAA